CUAAACUGAACCACAUAAAAAGGAGAUAUCGUACUGAAUCGUUUAUUUGCUUUUUUUUUCUUUGCUCAAAGCUUCAAAGAGAAAAAGAAUGAGAUCUUUCUGCGCAUUCCGCGCCUCUGAACUCUCCUUCAUUGCAAGACGACCUGUCCUUGUUACGAGGACGAAACUUUCUUAUCACUGUAAACUCUUUUUCUGCCAAGCAAAGUCUGUUGAUUAUGAAGGAGAUGGAACAUUUGGUUUAAGAGUAGUGCCUCCAACCUUGUUAGCAGCAGAAAAAGAAGAGGCAAAGGCUGUGUUGACCUUGUUUCUGAAAAAGCAAGGCUUGAGCAAUGCAAUUGCUGCAAGAACCAUCAACAAAUCAGAACUCUUCAUUGAUCACCUUGUCUCAAGGCUUCAUUCAGUUCAUAAAUCUCGAUAUCUCGUAGGAAGGGAGCUCACAACUCUUGAGAUUCGGGAUGCUCUUAUUCCUUACCUCGAGUCUCUCCUUGAAGAACAUGGAAACAUUCUGGUAGAUGUAGUUGAGAACUUCCCAGACCCACCUACUAAAGAGAAAACAGAGUCACAGGUCUCUCCACCCCAUUCGACUCUUGACUCUAAGAAGCUAAAAGCUGUAUCCCGUGUGAGUGAAACUGGUCCAGAAGGGGAGCUGCGCCCUCAAGUUCUCUAUUUACUUGAUCUUGGCAUGGAUCUUGAGCAGAUCAAGGUAAUUACACGCAAAUUCCCCUCCUUUCCUUACUACAGCUUGGAUGGUAAAAUUAAGCCAGUGGUUGAGUUUCUCCUUAAUCUCGGAGUACCCAAGUCAGAUAUUCCCAUCAUUCUAAGUAAAAGGCCUCAAUUAUGUGGAAUAAGUCUUUCUGAGAAUCUUAUUCCCACCAUGAUGUUUUUAGAAACUCUGGGAGUGGACAAGAAGCAGUGGGCAAAAGUUAUAUUUCGUUUUCCAGCACUUCUCACCUAUAGCAGGCAGAAGCUAAAGGCAACUGUAGAUUUUCUCUAUGAAAUGGGGCUCUCAAAAGAGAGCAUUGGCAAGAUUCUAACACGCUGCCCAAACAUCAUAAGUUACAGUGUUGAGGACAAGCUAUGGCCGACGGCUGAGUACUUCCGGUCCUUAGGGGUCAAUGUUGCUUUGCUUCUUCACCGCUGUCCACAGACUUUUGGUCUCAGCAUUGAGGCCAAUUUGAAGCCUGUAACAGAAUUUUUCUUGGACAAGGGUUACAGCAUAGAUGAUGUUGGGACAAUGAUUUCAAGAUAUGGAGCUUUAUAUACUUUUAGCCUUGCUGGCAACUUGACACCAAAAUGGGAGUUCUUUCUUACAAUGGACUAUCCACGAUCAGAGCUGGUUAAAUUCCCUCAAUUUUUUGGCUACAGCUUGGAGGGAAGGAUUAAACCGAGAUAUGCACUAGUAAAGGAGUACGGGGUGAAACUUCUUUUGAAUCAGAUCCUAUCAUUGUCGGCUCAGGAUUUUGAUGAGGUUUUGAAGAAGAAGAUGAAGAAAAUGCUUUUGGAUGAGAAUACUACUAACAAACACAGUGCAUGACCCUUCUCUUUAUCGAUUUGAACCAGAUAAACUUCAGUGUAGAAACUAUGAUAUUCUUCAGAAGAUAGAAAAUCUACAGCUCCUUAGUGGUGCAGUACCUCCAUGUUAACUUCC